AUCGUCUUUUCCAGUGAGACUCGCAAGGAAGAAGGGGAAUAAAAAAGUAGGAAAAGUGAAGGGCGUUUGCUCUCCGGCGAUCGGCGAACGUGCGAAAGCGCCGGCUAGAAUGGAAAAUCAAGAAGACGGACCAAUGCAUGAGUAUAGGGAGAAGAUUUUGCUCAUCUUCUCAGAUUUUAUGACAAGGAUUGCAGUGCUCGAGGAACUAUUGUCUGUAGGAAACAGAUUGCUGGUUGGCUUUCAGAAUGGGCUCGAAUAUGUUCAAAGGCCUCCAAUUGAAAAGAAAUCUGAAUUGGUUGAGCAAAUUAUUAGAGAUAAUGAAACCAAGAGGCUGUUAUCCUACAUUGAAGCAGGAUGCAAAAAUACCAAUGAUGGUAUUCAGAAUAUAAACAAGUUGCACGCGUGCCACCUUGGACUCCAGGAUCACAAAACAAAAGCAAAAUGCUUAGUGGAUGAAUUGGCUUGCCUUUUGGAUGAUGCAGCUGCUUUAGUGCAAAGUGCAAAUAAUAGCCUGCCUUGCAUGCUGGAUAGAGAUACCAACUCCAGUUUGAACUCUGGUGCAACUUCAACUGACAGAGAGGAAGUGCCAUCUUGUGUUCUGAAGCCUGAAGUAACUGAUAUUGCUACAAUGAUGGCAGUCAUAUUUGCUAUGGUUAAAAAAGAUUAUGUGAUGCAGGAAAAGAUUGUUUCAUCUCUCGAUCUUAAAUCAUCAUCUGGGGAGCUAGAAAGUUACUGCCUGAUGUGGUCGCUGCGGCCUUUUGUAGAUGACGAGAUCAUUCAGAGAGCGUGGAAGCUUGUUCAUUGACUAUUAAGUUUGUCAUGUAUUAAGGAAAGUAGGCUGUUCUCUUGACACAAUUAUUUCUUAUGAUCUAUUUUGUCUAAAUAGUUCACAAUUUAUUUCAUUGUCUUCUCUACCUUAUAAGACAGUUUCGUUUUAAAACCGGGGCUUUUCUCCUCACUUCAAAUUUCCCUAGUCCCAGUUUAUGGAAUGGUUGGAGAGUAAAUCA